GGUACAUAGCGAUGGCGGUGGGAAACAAAUCUGAGAUUCAGCAAAAUGUUGAAAAAGAUGAAGAAGCCGUUGGAAUGGGAUCCAUUCAUGAAGAAUUCAAGGAAUUCGACGAAGUGAAAAGUCUCAUAGAUUCUCUCAAAGAUGUCUAUGAUGACCAGAUUGCACUUGAAAUGUCAUGUGAACGUAUCACCCUUAUAGUUGACAAGUAUCAAGAACAGCCUCACCUGUUGGACCCUCACCUUGAGUACAUACUCAACCAGCUGUUGAGUAUUGCAAGAGCAGACUCAUCCCCUCCAGCGCUUAUGCAUCAAGCUUUCAAAUAUUUAUACCUUAUCACAAAGACUAGAGGCUAUAAGGUAAUUCUACGGCUGAUGCCCCAUGAAGUAGCUGAUUUAGAACCAGUUCUUGCACUGCUAGCACAACAGGAUCCUUUAGGAUUUCAGACAUGGGAGACCAGGUACAUGCUACUCCUAUGGCUCUCUAUUGUGUGUAUGAUACCCUUUGAUAUGAACAGGCUGGACAGUAACAUAGAGCAACAAUCUGGGCAAAAGAGAGCACCUAUUAUGGAUAGGAUAUUGGAGGCUGGGAAAAAAUACCUGUGUGUGUUUGACAAAAGCCAGGACGCAGCAGCCUACCUUGUGUCAAGAUUCCUUACCAGGCCUGAUGUUAAAGAGAAGCGCCUUCCUGACUUUCUGGACUGGGCAUUGGUAACCAUGAAAGAUGCAAAUGUGAGCACUAUGCUAGGUGCCCAUUCAUUGACUGGAACAUUAAAGACAUUAGCACUCUUAUUCAAACAAGGGAAGAGAGAAGAUUUAAUACCACAUGCACCAGUGAUACUUGAGAGACUUGGUACUUUGAAUCUCAGAGAGGCUAAUAAUACAGUAUUGAGGAAGAUGGGGGUCAAGUUGGUACAAAGGAUGGGAUUGAUCUUUCUCAAAGCUAGAAUAGCAGCUUGGAGGUAUCAGAGAGGAAGUCGCUCCAUAGCUGGUAACCUUACAAAAGCAGCACCAACAAAUGAGGCCAAAGACAAAGCCAUUAAUGAUGAAGAAGAUGAUGAGGACUAUGAAAUACCUGAUGAAAUUGAAGAAGUGAUUGAAUUGUUGUUACUUGGUCUCAAAGACAAGGAUACUAUUGUUAGAUGGUCUGCUGCUAAGGGUGUUGGACGUCUGACAGGACGUCUCCCGAGAGAGCUGGCUGACGAGGUGGUAGAGUCAGUUCUGGAGCUCUUCAGUAUUGGAGAAACAGAUGCGGCUUGGCAUGGUGGCUGUCUCGCUCUUGCUGAAUUAGGACGUCGUGGUCUCCUUCUUCCAUCUAGACUUCCUACUGUUGUACCAAUUGUCCUAAAGGCUCUGGCAUACGAUGCCAAACGUGGAAACUUCAGUGUAGGUACCCAUGUGCGUGAUGGGGCCUGUUAUGUUAGCUGGGCCUUUGCCAGGGCUUAUGAGCCAGAUGAUCUUAAGCUAUAUGUUCAACAAAUUGCUUCGGCUCUCUUGAUUGCAUCGAUAUUCGACAGAGAAGUUAAUGUUCGUCGUGCAGCCUCCGCAGCCUUCCAAGAAAAUGUUGGCCGACAGGGUACCUUCCCCCAUGGCAUUGAUAUUCUCACAACUGCUGACUACUAUGCUGUGGGGAAUAGAGUCCAUUGCUACCAGGAUCUGAGUGUAUUUGUGGCUGGCUUCGCAGAAUACACCACAGCUCUAAUUGACCAUUUAGUAGAUGUAAAGAUACAUCACUGGGAUAUGGUUAUAAGGGAUCUUGCUGGUAGUGCCCUACAUAAUCUUGUACCUGCUGCCCCAGAAUAUAUCAUAAACAAUGCUUUACCUAAACUUGUACCUAUGGCUGUCUCUAUAGACCUCUGUACAAGACAUGGGAGUGUGGUUGCUAUUGCAGAAACCAUACAUGCUCUGGCAAAACUAGCUUGGAAAGACAAUAGGAAAAUCGAGGAAAUGGUAGAUAGUGCAGUAUUGGAUGAAAUUAGAGACAUAACCUCAAAACUACAUGAUGCACAAUUGUUCCGGGGUCUAGGGGGUGAGAUUAUGAGGAGAGGGGUCUGUUGUCUUAUAAAUAAGCUUUCCCUUUCUAGGGUGCCUUACCAUGGCCAGCCAGUUAUAGGUAUAUGGCAGGACCUUAUAGAUGACUGUCUGUGCCAUAUAGAACCAGAAAUACGGGCUGUAGCAGUGGCUGCCAUACCUGCAUUCACAACACAAUAUUACCUGACAAAAGAUGGCACUGCUAUACCAGAUAUUCAAGAAAAGGUCAUUAGGAAAUAUUUACAUGGUUUACAAGGCAAUGUAGAAAUAUCAAGACAAGGGAUAUCAAAAGCAAUAGGCUCUCUACCCAGAUUUAUGCUGACUGGUAAGCUAAAGGCUGUUCUCACAGGCCUUGUCCAAGUCACUACAGCACGUAACAAGGCAGAGCAGAGUUGGGCAGAGGCUCGUAGAGAUGCUGUCACGUCACUUGCAAAUGUUUGUCUGACAGUUGGUAUUGAGAAAAAUGGUUCCCCUUCAGAUGUACUCUGUGAGCAAAAUGUACUUGAGAUUUACGAUGCUUUCUUAGUCGCAAUGAAGGAUUAUUCCCUUGACAGCAGAGGAGACGCUGGAGCUUGGGUUAGAGAGGCAGCCAUGACAGCCCUACAUGAUCUCACCAGUUUGUUGGCGUCAAAUGAACCUUGUCUCUUUACACAAGAAAUGUGCACUCAGGUGUUCUGCAGUCUGGUGCAACAAUGCUCUGAGAAGAUUGACAGAACAAGAGCUCAUGCUGGUGAAAUAUUCCAAAAACUGCUUUAUCAUAAACCACCACUUGCAUUCAUCCCACAUGAACAAGAAUUACACAAAAUAUUUCCCAGGACAGAAGUGGAGUUUUUGAACUGGGCAUCACCAGCUAGUACUUUUCCACUGUUCACCCAACUCCUCAGUUUAUCAACCUAUAGAUAUCACAUACUACUUGGUCUAACAGUCAGUGUAGGUGGAUUAACAGAGUCAUUGGUUAAACACUCCUCCCAUUCACUACAGUUGUAUAUGAGGAACAUCACAGAAUCAGAGGAAGAAAUGACAACAUUUUUGAAAGCAGUAUUACAAGUCUUCAAAGAUUACCAAAAGGUUGACAGAGUUUCUAUUCCAAUGUUCAAGAUGGUGGAUCAGUUGUUAUCCAAUGGGAUGCUGGACAUCUUCAUUGAGACAGACAGCCAUCCCCUCAUUUUUGAGCUAUUAACACUAAGCAAAGCCGAGAUCUCCAAAUCAGGAGAUCCACAGAAGUUAAUGGCGAGCGUUGACGUUUUCAGUGGACUGCUACAAUUCACUGGGGACAUCAGAAAGAAAACUCUUACACAAUUAGUAGUCCUAUUGUGUCAUAAAUAUCCACGUGUGCGGAAAGUGACUGCCAACAAACUAUAUGAAUCACUGCUCACAUAUGAUGAUGUCAUUGAUAACCAGGAUGAAGUUAUGAUGACCUUAAGUGAAACAAACUGGGAUGAUGAAUUAGAUGUUGUAAGACCCAUAAGGAAUCAACUCUGUGAACUGAUGUCUAUACCUACGCCAAAAUUGAUCAAGAAAGCUGCUGUACCUGCAUCCCCAAACUGAUAGCGGUUAUCAGUGAUUACAAACUCCAUCUCUUAGACACUGGAUGGUGUUGCUUAAUGUAUUCAGUCGGAUAUCAUGCAUAAACGAAGGACUCAAUUGGUCUUCCCCCGAGUAGAUAGGGGGGGGGGGUCCAGACUCCAGAGGCUUGAUGCAAGACAAAGAUUUUACUUUGAAAAAACAUUUUUAAGGGGAUAUGGAUAUUGAUUGACUCUAUCCUCCAUCAAUUAAAUGUUAGACCUUUUGGGUAUUGCAAUGAACCUAAAACUGUGAGGUGACCUUUUAUUUAUAGUCAUUAUUUUUCUCUUCAUUGUAUAUUUUGUAUAUUGAGCUAGAAUUUUUGUACAUAUUGUCUAUGUAUUCAUUUUACUGAAAAUGAAAGUUCAAUGAAUUGACUUGCUAACUUAUCAUGGAUACAUUUUUCAAAAUAAAAUCCAAUUAUAUAAAUUAUGCUGUCUAAAUAAAUUAUUAAUUUAUUAAUUAAUGAUUCAAUACCUUAUGACAGUGGAGAUGCUAGGCUCAAUUGCCCUAUAAUGCGGUGAUUAUAGCGUAAUAAUUGCCGUAUGAUGCGACAAUUUUAUGUAAACGGUUAAAAUUUGAAUUUUAAAUACUUUACCGAAUAGAAUACAAUCAGCGUUCAGCAGGUUUUCAGUAAAUGUAAGUUUGAAUUUCAAAUAUGUAUUGUUGCUAACAUAAUGUAGAUAUUAUUAAAGUAUCAGAGAACACAUACUUCUCAAAGUUCUUGGAAAUUGUGAUUCAAUAUGUGUUAAUCGUUAUUUAUUUAGAAUAUUUAUUAAAUGAGCGUUUAGUGCAUCAAUGAAGAUGGAAUUGAUUUUUUUGCAUUGACAUCAAAUAUUUGUGCCAAUCUUAGAUUUGUAUGCUGGAAAUCAUGAUCCUAUGUGGGCAUUUGGAGCUACAGGCCAUCAAAGUGGAUGCACGUCAGAUCACGAGUUUUAUUUAAUUCAGUAGAAUACAAAAUAUGCGUUAGAUAUUUAUGAGUGCUUUAUUCAAGUGUACUCCACGUAAUAAAUCGCCAAAAUACUUUCCUUACAAUUUAAUGACAUGAAAUAGUUUGUCCUAGAUAUCGUUUAUUUCUACUCUAGGGCACAAGGGCCGAUUACAGCCUGAAACUCCCUGAAAUUGUGAAAUUGCAACAGACCCCCGUGUACAUAACUUCGGCAAUAUUAAAUAAAGAGAUGGUAUCAAUUUUUUAUUAGAAGAACAUAUAUAAAAUAAACGUUUCUUCGCGUGCAUUUAAAUUCUACCGUGUGCAAUUACUCCCGUGGGUUCUCAAAAUUUCACUUAUUUUAGGCAAAAGACAAAAACGUACUUUGGGGUUUAGGUGCUCUUCAGACAUUCCAGAGGCGAGAAUAACAUAAAACAGACAGGUUUUCAGGUUUAUUUUAUUGUUUUCAUAAAAACAUCGUCUUAGCUUCUUGCAUGCAUUUUGGGUUUGAUUCAUCCUUCACACUGACGUUUUAGAGACGUAUGAACGUAGCAAGUGCCAUUUCUGGAAACUCAGUUUGGAGUCGGGAAAGGGACUUGAGAAUGCAGGAAAACUGACCAAUCAGGAUGCCCGAUUCCUCAGUAUUUCUUCAGUGAAUCUUCGAUUAUGGAGAAACUUUUUCACGCUCGAAUUCCACCUAUCUAUUGCAUGUUUUGUCAGCUUCACUAUGACAUUAUGCUUUUAGAAAUCGACCGAGAAAUGGCGGAGAAAAAGACCGAUAAGUGUAAUUUCUAAAACGGCGAGUUUGGAGAGCUAAAGUAGAUUUGGACUGCAAGAAAGCCGGCCAAUCAGAACGCAGGAUUUCUUAUGUGAAACUUGGAAUUUGAGAAAUCGCCUUUACCCUCUAUUUCUUCAGUUUUCUCGCAAUUUGGUCACUACAAAGUGGAACCAUCAGAAAGUUUUAGUUCCGAGCAAAACCAUGGUCUUAUUUAUUUCGAAAUCUGUCAACUAAUAGCAGAGUUAUAGACUAAUAAAUGCCAUUUUUUAAACAGCCAGAAAGUGGAUCCAGAGUGCAACAACGUUAUGCAAAUGAGCUAGACGUAUCUAGGUUAGUAGGACAUGUAUGUGGGUUAGUAGGUUUGCUCUGUCAAGGCCGCGCAUGUAUCACUACAUAAGCAGAUCUUGGCCGUUUCAACAUACUUCAUACACUGAUACAGGUAUGAAUCGUAACGUGUACUUUCGCGGAAUCCACGCAGAUUGAAAAAUGCUGAUACAAUCAUAUUUGAUCAUUUUCAUUUACUAGUAUUACACCUCAAUUAUAUUAUAGCGGAAAUAUUACAUUUUGCGUCUGAAAACCUACUUACUUCAACCUGAGACUAACAUAAACAGAUAAAAGGAAUUGUAAACUUUAUCCGAGUGUUGUAUCUCCCGUGUCGCGCCAACCGCGCCUAUUAGAUAUAUAUAGUCUCAGCUUCAACAUAGGACGAGGAAAGACAUGUACAUCAUACAAACUUCAUUCAAAUACAUACAGUAAAAAAUUAAUAAUUAUAAAGAAAUUCUUCAAACCUUUAUUGCAAUUGCAAAUGCGCGAAGAAGACUUUAUUUCAUGUAUUUGGUUCCGUAAUACUUAUUAAACUAUAUGCCUUCAUGCACAUUAGACUGCCAAGAAAGCCUUUUUAAAACGAUCUAUCACGGGCUUAAAGCCCAUGGAUCUACUACUAAGUUUUGUAUUCUACCGUUUCCCGUAACAACCCAUCUCUCAAGGAAACAUCUUUUUAACUGAAUCUUCCACAGAAUUCAUAUCGCAAAUAAACAUUAUCGCGUAAUAUAAUUAACAAUGUUUUGAUUAAAUAUACUGGCCAUACUAACUGAUUAAUAAUUGAUAUAUCUUGUUGAUAUCAUACUAUGUUCAGUCUAUCUUUGUAAUUAAAAAUCAGUGAUUUAAAUGCUAUACCUAAUUUUGAAUAUUGUUUAUCCAAAGUAAGAUCAGUUGUCUCAGUACGUUUGAGAUAUCAAACAUCGAUACUUUCAAGAGAAGAAUUGAUUAUUUUUAAGUACUGCACUACGCUGGAGCCUAGAAGAUAUAAAAAUGACUUU